AUGGCGUACAUGGGGGAUCAACUUGGGUUGUUUCGGGCUGUGGCUGAGCUGGGCCCUUGCACGCCACCACAAGUGGCGGACCACUGUCAGCUGGCCGAGCGCUACGUUCGAGAAUGGCUCAAAGCUGCAACCGCGGCCAGCUACAUUGAAUAUGAUGCAGCCGGGGAUCGCUACUUUAUGUCCGAGGCCCAGUGCGAGGUGUUUGCUCACGAAGAUGGACCUCAUAACCUCGCCGGGUACUUUGGCUUUACCAUGGGCAACCUCAUGGUCACUGAUGACAUCAUGGCCGAGGGCUUUCGCAAGGGCAAGGGUCUGCCCUACGGUGCCUACGGGGAGGUGGUCUCUGCCUCCCUAGGGCGCAUGCACAAGCCUGCGUUCCGCUAUCAGCUCGCCAAUGUGAGUGAAUCCAAACUGCUCCUUGGUCUCACCGUGGCCUUGGACGAUAAAAAGCAUUGGUUUGCAGCGGUGCCAGAACUUGACGCGUGCUUGCAAAAGCCCGGCUGCCGCGUUUUGGAUGUGGGCUGUGGUACGGGUGAAUCGACGCGUGCCAUUGCUUUGGCGUAUCCCAAUGCCAAAUGCACUGGCGUCGAUCCCGACACCGCCAGCAUUGAACGGGCACGAGCUGCAGCCACGAACAUGGGGACGAAGGGCAAUCAGAUGUCCUUCUUCGACCAGACAAUUGAGGCAUUUGCUGAUGAGGCCGAGGGGCAUGGCAAAUUCAACGUCAUCCUUUGCUAUGAUUGCAUUCAUGACAUGAAGGACCCAUUGUUGGCAAUGGUUCAGAUUCGUAGCCUGCUGCCUCACGAUGAGCCCGGAUAUGUUCUCUGGUCCGAGCCCGCGGGCUCCACCAACCCCUUGGAGAAUCGCAACCCGAAGGGACGGAUGCGUGCGUGCAUCUCGCCGAUGCACUGCCUCUCGGUUUCAUUGGCCCAAGAUGGCGCCGGUCUGGGCACCAUCAUCGGUGAAGAAGGCGCGCAGGCCCUGGCCGCUGAAGCCAAGUUUUCUACCUGCGAGCGCCGUGACGACGUCAUGGCCAUGGCACAUCACACCAAGACUUACCGCGAGAUUGAACGGCAGCUCGAGGCGUUCUCUUUCCUGCCUCUCAACCUCUUUCGCCAGAUUCAACAGAUUUUGGAUGACUACAUUGAGGAGAAUUGCCAGCUCCUGCGGCAAGAGUGCACCCGUCGCAACUACGAUGCCUCAAUCUGCAGUGAUAUGAUUGAGCUUGCUGCCAGCUUCUUGGCCUAUGAUGGCCUCAUCCGCCCACUGGAGCAGUUCCAAGAAGCUUGUCUCAGCCAGCCCGAGUGCUUCCAGCUAUCUGCCAACGUCACGCAAGAGUGGCUCGAUACUCCGAAAACACAAGUGACAGAGGAUGACGUGCGGGCCGUUGAGCUUGAAGUCCAGCUCAUCCAGGGCGAGCUCAGCCAAGCCUUGGCGUAUCAAAGCGAGCUCAAGCGGCUCCAGGCCGGCAUCAAGACAGAUACUACGACGGCUGACCAGCAAAGCUUUAAUGAGCGGCUGCACGCCCUGGCAAAGGAAUGCGGGGUUGAAGACGUGGAUGGCAUUAUCAAGAUCGUGGCUGAGAAGACGGACAAGCUCUUGGGCAAGCACGACUCCCUGCUCGCCGUAUAUAAACAGAUUCUCCUCGAAGGCGAGCCCUCGCCCAAGCGCGCCAAGACUACCCGCAGCGCAGUUUCAACCAAAGCAGCUCAGGCAUUGGCGGCUUCCCUCAAGUGAGAGGCCCACUGUACCUGAUUCACCCGCCGUGUGCGUCCUUGGGUUUGUACGCGGGUGUCAAGACUUGCAUGUUAUUCAUGGUGUUGUGCGUGUUGCACGACUGUAUAAACGCGUUGUGCCCAUUUGUGCUCCAGCUCUGUCAAUCGAGUAUGAAUUUUC